ACUGAAAACCACAAUCAAAGCUUUUAACAUGUAAAGCUUUUUAAAAUGUAAUGCAGGAAAUAUUUUUUGGAAGAAUGCUAAAUACUUUCUUUGUGCUUAUUUUAAUGGGCGCCGUCGCAGCGGUUAUUAACCGGUAGACUGACUGUUACGUGUUGAGAACGGUCGAAUGCGGGAACACGAAAAUGGCUGACUUGAAUUCGAGCUUAACAGCGAUGGACUGGCUUCCCCAGCUUGGUGUUGGUGGCCCCAUAGCUAGUCCAUCAGCUGACGAUAGCUUAAAGCCGAGAUUUGCUUUGAGACAGGUUCCUGGCUCUGCACUGGAUACAACGGCCACUCUAGACGAACAACAAGCUAAGCUGCAUCAGGGCAAGAACAAGCCUCCGUAUUCGUACGCAAAUUUAAUUACAUUUGCUAUCAACAGUACUGUUAAGAAGAAAAUGACUCUCAAUGAAAUCUACAACUGGAUAUGCGAAAAUUUCCCGUACUAUAGGGAAGCCGGCAAUGGAUGGAAAAAUUCAAUCCGACACAACCUUUCAUUAAACAAAUGCUUUGUAAAAGUUGCCAGAAGUAAAGAUGACCCAGGAAAAAAAAUUUACUUAGUAUUCAAAAUCAAGACUAUUUGACGCAGAUUUGCAAUCAAACCCUUUUUGUCACAACAACUAUAAAAAAUAGAGAACAUUUUAUCGUCUUUAUUUUCUGAUGCAAUAUUUUGCGUAACGUCUUUGGAUGUGUUGAUUUUGAAAACAAGUGUUUGUUUCUUCAAUUAGGAAUAUGUUGGCAUAAAAGUUGGCCUAUUAACUGUAUUUUAAGUAUUAUUGUUUGAUAAUCUUCAAACAUAAUUUUCUUAGCUAUUUAAUCGAUUUUACUUCGGGGAUUUUUAAAAAAUUGCUGUUGAUUUCGACCUAGCUUAGAUAUUUUUAAACCAGCAACCAAUUGUCCUAAGAGCAGGGUAGGAAAAAGGGCAAAUGUGACAUGUUCUCUUCAUAAAAAGACAUAAAAUGGAUUUGAUUUGAAAAUGCCUGUGUUUUCUACUAAAUAUUUAUUAUAGACAGUUUAUGUCGAUAACAAUGAAAAUCAUAACUUAACCAACAUUUUUAUGUAAUGUUUAGAGAAUACUUUUUUCCACCGUCAGCCUUCGCUCUUGUUAUUGCUUGUAUCAUAAUUCCUGUAGAAUUCCGGUUGGAAAAUAAAGAGAUUGCUUCUUUAAUUGACCUUUAUUCGCGGUGAGUUUUAGAUUUGUAACACACGUCAGAUCGUUCAUUCAAAUCGCUUUACAAUUAUCAAGCAUGGUGUCGCAACCGAGUUCCACUCUUACUUAUAAAUCUUUCCCUAUCUCAGGUCAUAUGGACGAUACCUCUACUUUUGAGCCUUCAAGUUGUUGACUUAGUACGAAAUUACAUUACUGACGCUUUGGUUUUCGCAUAAUUUAUUCAAGGCAUGGAUGUUGAAACAGAGGCAUUCGUCCCUCCCUUUUUAGUCAAAAUAGAAGCACACGUCCUCUUCAUGAGUAUUAGACCUUUUUGAUCUUGGGGCGGCAUCAUUGUAGGUUGUUAAUUCUCUAAUUCAGAUAUCAAGUUGGCUCUGGCAAUGGCCCGAAGAGGUUGAUACCACAACAGGAAUAUUGUAUUAACGGACACCUUCUGUCCGAAGAUAAACGAGGUCUUUUAAUAAUGUCUUCUUAAUGUCAACAAUAAUUCUAUAAGCCCCCCCCCUUCGUACAAGCCCCCCCCCCUCGAAUAAGCCCCCAUCCAAAAAUAUCACGAAUAAAUAAGCCCCCAGGGGGCUAAUUCGAGGAUUUACGGUAACCUCUAAGCUUCGGACAUAAUCCCCAAAUAGGCAGUUAUUUUGGCUCCUCGUUUGUCUGCCAUAUAGAUGUUUUAAUUCAUACUGCUAGAGAGGAUUAUUCGUUAACUUCUAGCUUGAAGUGUACAAUGGCUAAAAUCGUAUUCGCUGCUGAGUUUUCUUCAGCAUUUCUAGAUUAUUAAUGUACACAUUUUUUGCUAAUGUAUAUAGAGUAACAUUGCACAAAUAGACUGAACUGUAAAUACUGAUCUCGCGUAGUUUAACAGGGGAAAAUCAAAAUCUUUGUUCGUCA